AUGGACAACGACAGUUACACAUAUUAUGAAGCUGAAAAGAAGUGCAUAAAAAUGGGAGCGGUCUAUUUCCAGCUCUUUCAUAAUUUUAAAAGUGACCAACGCGCUAAUUUUCACUUCAAGCAUCCAUUUUGGAUCGGUCUUUUGAAAGAUGGCAACGGAUGGAAAUGGCCAGAUGGCACGAAGUUGAAGUAUCAUUUAUGGGGUAAGAAUGAGCCGAGCAAAAUGUAUUCGUGUGUGUUUGCGGCAACCGAAAAGAAUGGUGGAAAUUGGUACACGGCUGACUGCAAUGAAAGGAUCCUUCAAGAUGACAUAGUUGGCUAUGUGUGCCAGCAAUAA